GCAGUUUUGAAACUUAAGCAAGCAUUUAAUUUGCAACACUGUGACAACAUCGUUUACUUGGUAUUCGAAGCAAAUAUUGGCAUGAUGGAAAAAGCCGGCCAUGACAAUCAACUGAGCGAACAGUCUGAACAUCAGCAGCAGGAACAACAACAUCCGCCGACUUACAAUCAGCUGGCAAUUAAUUACAGACAGCCACGUGGUAACCAGCAGCAAGAUGGUUACGUUCAACAAGGCUACGCCGCCGCGUCAGGACGGGUCGUGGUUUCAUCCCAGCCUCAGCCGAUAGUUGUAUACGCGGCGACAGUUCCCCCGCCUGCGGACUGUUUUGGGUGGUCACUGUUAGCGUGUUUUUGUUGCUUUUUUCCGACUGGGAGUGUCGCCAUUUAUUACGCCAUGGAGGCCAGAACUGCGUGGGCUAAUGGUGACAGGGAGAACGCCCACAGAUACUCGGAGUAUGCCAGGAACUUAGUGAUUACUAGCGUUGUAAUCGCCAAGAUAUGGAUCAUCAUUGUCGUCGCCGUGAACGCAUACAAAGCCGGAAAAGAAUCAAAUCAUUGUACCAAAUGACUUAAUUACUGCCGCUUACGACACCCGAGAUGUGAACCCGAGAUGCGUUGAAGGGAAUGCAUUGAAUAUAGUGUCUAUCCUCUAUAUAUUAAACGAUACUUUAUUUUAACAUGUGAUGUUAGAUAACAUAAGAACAUUCACUUUCUAAUAAACUGCUGUCAUUUGUCUCUUGCCACACAAUCCGUUAACAACCGUACCAUAUACACUACGUAUCAUUAGUGCAACCGUACCUAUUUUAAGCUCUGUUUUUCAUUAAAAUUUCUAGCGUGAUUUGUUUUGCAUCAAUAUUUCUUGUGAUGAGUUUACCCUUCAUUUCCAACGAACCAUGCAGAAAUUAUUUG